ACAUCGUUGUGGGCUCCUUGAUAAAUCGCCGUCGCUGCCAGGCCAGCUCUCCCCGUCGAUGAAGAGCUGGGCGGUCUCGAUGAUGCGUGCGUGUCGAGACCAAACGCUAGAGCAUCAGCUUCUGAAAGUGUCCCAAGAACGAAGAAUGGACUGCACGCAUGUCACAGGAGCACUUCGAAAAUGCCACACUUGGCAGCCACAUCGGGCACGGAUUUCGUUGCAUCUGCAGCGGCUGUCAUCGACUUCUACAGUAUCGCAUGUGGCCCGCCCUUCGAUCCACGGUCCCGCAAAUUUUCAACGCCCACACUACUUGCGCGGCUGCCGCACGUCUUAGCGCAAGUUGUGUAUCCCGCUUCCUGACGGUGACCUCCGACUUGCUUAGCGAUGAAGCCUCAGUGACUAUGGAUGGCAUUGCAAUGGCGACUGAGGCGAACACGAGCUUGUCAGCGCGACAGAGCUGGCAGAGUGACAUGCGCCAAAAAGAAGGGCAGAGUCAUAGCAUUUCGGGGCGUCAACGCAGUGGACCUCCGCUUGGCGUCCCGCUCCCUGCCGCGCGCGAAGAUAUUGGGGCGUCAGGGCAUGCGGAUCAGCUUCAUUGCCAUGACAGCUGAUGAGAACUUCAAUACAUAAAGCAUGAUCCCUUGCUUGCGGCCAUACGAGGACAACAGACCACCAUGUCUGGUAUCAACAUCUUCUGCCUUGUCGUGCUUGCCUGCGCAACUUACUUGGUCCUCGGCGCUCCUUUGCCCUCUCCCGCCGAGCUUAAUUUCAACG